AUGGCUUAUCAAGCAUCUUUCACAUCAGAAGCAAGUGUUACCACUACCGAAACAGAAGAUGAAGAAAGUAUGGAUGCUUCACCUCCUCGUGAGGAUGUUCCAUCUGCAAUGUCUCCACCACCAGUGUCAGCACGUGAUCCGAUUCUAGCUACUGUUUCAUUAUAUGCAAAUGUUGGAUUUGAAUUACCACCACCAACAACGAACCGAAACUGCAGCAAGUAACGUUUUCUUAACACCAGACAAAAUAACAACAGAGCAUUUUACAAAACAACAUACAUUUCAAGAUAAAAAUAAAAACAGAAUCGAACCAAUCCAAAAACCAACAUCACCAUACACAUCACCAAGAAGGAAAAUUCUUCCAUCACAAGAAUAUCAAUAUCACAAUAUUUAGCCAUUCUACAUUCAUCAUUUUGACAACUGACUCUUCUUCGUAUAACACUAAAAGAAUUUUUGCUCAUUUAAUUUUAUUGACACAAUUAGUUUUCUCUAACACAAACAUCAAAAAUCAUACAUCAAUAAAUUUCCAAGUUGUGUAUGUGAAAAUUGUUCACAACUGAACAACUUCCUAGAAAACUCUUGAAAGUUGAAAGAUUAAACUUCAAAACUCACUUGAAAGUUGAAAGUUGAAAGUUGAAAUCUGAAUUCUAUUGAAAUUUCAGUUGAAACUUGAAAUUUCAAUUGAAUUCAAGUUUCAAGUUUGACACUACUGGUUCGUUGACAUAACGGUUUAGUUGAAGAAAGUUUGUUUCAUCAGUCUUACAAAGCAUGUUUAAAUCGUCUAAGUUGGCACGACUAAGAACACAUUCGACAAUAUCUGAGCCUACAUGAGCGAUCGUACUUGCUGUUGCCAAAAUACCUCCACCAACGAAAGCCGUGAGAGAAAGACCGGCAGUUGGUACGGCCAACAAGACACUUCCCAAAGCGAUUAAACCACCAAAAAUGCCA